AUGGAUCGGAAAGCUGCUGAAGCAGCUGAUGGGCAGGCGGAGUUCAAGGAGCUUGCGUCUCCGAGGGGCUUCUCCGGCACGCUCCGUCCCUAUCAGGUCCGCGGCUAUUCGUGGCUUUCGUUCCUGAGGCAAUGGGGCCUGGGAGCGUGUCUGGCCGACGACAUGGGCUUGGGCAAGACGAUUCAGACCCUGGCGCUCAUCCAGCGCGAUUGGCGGGCCAACGGCAAGCGGCCUGUCCUCCUCGUCUGUCCAACCUCGGAAGCGAGGUGCGGCGUUCAAGAAGGAGGCGGAGAGCACGCCAUCGUCGUCUCCAGCUACGGACUGGUGCAUCGGGACCUCAAGUUCCUCAAGGAGGUGCCGUGGGGCGGCGUGGUGCUCGACGAGGCCCAGAACAUCAAGAACCCUGAGACGAAGCAGGCGAGGGCGGCACAGUCGCUGGAAGCCGACUACCGCAUCGCCCUGACCGGAACGCCGGUGGAGAACAACGUGGGCGACCUGUGGUCGAUCAUGGAGUUCUUGAACCCCGGCUUCCUGGGCUCCCAGAGCGAGUUCAAGCGCAACUUCUUCGUGCCCAUCCAGGCCGAGCGGGACGCGAGCGCGGCAGAGCGCCUCAAGCGCGUUACCGGCCCGUUCAUCCUCCGUAGACUCAAGACGGAUAGGUCGAUCAUCUCCGAUCUGCCCGAGAAGCUGGAGACGAAGGUCUUCUGUCCGCUGACGAAGGAGCAGGCAUCUCUGUAUGCCUCCGUUCUCAAGGAGACGGAAGAGGCGUUGGAGUCGGCCGAUGGCAUCCAGCGGAGAGGGCUGGUCCUGGCCACGCUCUCCAAGCUCAAGCAGGUCUGCAACCAUCCGGCACAGUUCCUGGGCGACAACUCCGGCAUCAACGGCCGGUCCGGCAAGCUCACGAGGUUGACGGAGAUGCUGGAGGAGGUUAUCGAGGUCGGCGACCGGGCGCUGGUCUUCAGCCAGUUCGCGGAGAUGGGCGACCUGCUUCAACGCCAAGUGCAGGAGACGUUCGGCCUAGAGGCGCUGUUCCUUCACGGCGGGGUGCCGAAGCGCCAGCGCGACCGCAUGGUGGAGCGCUUCCAGGAUGAGGGCGGCGGGCCGCAGGUCUUCAUUCUGUCUCUGAAGGCCGGCGGCACCGGGUUGAACCUAACCUCGGCCAACCACGUCUUCCACUUCGACCGCUGGUGGAACCCUGCCGUCGAGGACCAGGCAACCGACCGGGUAUUCCGCAUCGGCCAGACGCGAAACGUCCAGGUCCACAAGUUCAUCUGCGCCGGAACGCUGGAGGAGAAGAUCGACGAGAUGAUCGAGAUCAAGAAGGAAAUCUCUGAACGAGUCGUGGGAGCAGGUGAGGGCUGGCUUACGGAGCUCUCCAACGACGACCUGAGAGAGGUCUUGGCUCUGAGCAAGGAAGCGCAGGAGGGAUAG